CCAGAAGAUUGCUUCUCAGUCACCUCAUCUCUCCUACUUUCCUGCCUAACUCUCUGUUUUCGAGCUCAAUUCUGCAACAAUGGCGAUCUCAACCUCUCUCUCCCCUUUUCCUCUAUUUCCCAAGCUUCGGAAUUCCCCAUUGUCGCCGCCUGUGCCUUUCAACGCCAUUACUACGUCCCUGUCCACCAGGAGAUUCAACAUUCUCUCAUCUUCUUCCUCUUCCCACAAUCUGAAAGUGAGCACCGUUUUCGAUGCAGUUACUGUGGGGGAAGAUUUUCCGGUCGGAUAUGGCGAAUGGUUUCCGAAGUCGGAUCCUGAUGUUCGGCGAAGAGCGGGUGUUCUCCUACAUCCUACGUCGUUUCGUGGACCUUAUGGCAUUGGUGAUCUUGGAGAUGAGGCGUUUAGAUUUAUCGACUGGCUUCAUGAAGCGGGAUUCUCUGUUUGGCAGGUUCUUCCUUUGGUUCCCCCAGGAAGGAAGGCUAACGAAGAGGGAUCACCCUACUCAGGCCAGGAUGCAAAUUGCGGAAACACUCUCUUGAUCUCUCUUGAUGAGCUUGUCAAGGAUGGGUUGCUCGCAAAAGAAGAGCUGCCAAAACCAGUCGACGAUAACCAUGUAGACUUCUCUGCUGUUGCUGAUUUGAAGGAUCCCUUAGUAGCAAAGGCUGCAGAAAGGUUAAUUCACAGUGACGGUGAACUUAAAAGGCAGCUUGAAGAAUUUUGUAGAGACCCUAAUAUAUUAAGCUGGCUUGAAGAUGCAGCUUAUUUUGCUGCUAUUGAUAACAGACUAAAUUGUUUCAGUUGGUAUGAAUGGCCAGAACCCUUAAAAAAUCGGCAUCUUUCAGCUUUAGUAGAUGUUUACCGAAGGGAAAGAGAUUUCAUAAAUAUAUUCAUUGCUCAACAGUUUUUAUUCCAGAGACAAUGGCAAAAAGUUCGCAGCUACGCAAAUAUGAAGGGUAUUACUAUAAUGGGAGAUAUGCCUAUAUAUGUUGGCUAUCAGAGUGCAGACGUGUGGGCUAAUAAAAAGCAAUUUUUGCUGAACAAGAAAGGUUUUCCUGUGCUAGUGAGUGGUGUGCCUCCAGAUGCAUUCAGUGAAACUGGUCAACUAUGGGGAAGUCCUCUAUAUGAUUGGAAAGCCAUGGAGAAAGAUGGUUUUUCUUGGUGGGUACAGCGCAUUAAACGUGCACAGAAUCUAUAUGAUGAAUUCAGGAUCGAUCAUUUUAGAGGAUUUGCUGGGUACUGGGCAGUUCCUUCAGAGGCAAAAAUUGCUACAAUUGGACGUUGGAAGGCAGGGCCAGGAAAAUCUUUAUUUGAUGCCAUAUUCAGAGCAGUUGGGAAGAUCAACAUAAUUGCAGAAGAUUUGGGAGUUAUUACUGAAGAUGUGGUUCGGCUCAGAAGAUCCAUCGGGGCACCUGGGAUGGCUGUCCUCCAGUUUGGUUUUGGAAAUGAUUCCGCUAAUCCGCAUUCGCCCCACAAUCAUGAAUCUAGCCAAGUUGUCUACACGGGAACUCAUGAUAAUGACACAAGUCUUGGCUGGUGGGACAAUUUGAAUGAAGGAGAAAAGGCCAAUGUACAGAAGUAUCUCUCAAUUACUGAGAAAGAUGACAUCGCCUGGGCUCUCAUCCGGACAGCAUUAUCUUCUGUGGCACAAACUGCUAUAAUACCUAUACAAGAUGUUCUUCGGCUAGGGAAUUCUGCAAGGAUGAACAUUCCAGCAACACAGUUCGGAAACUGGAAAUGGAGAAUACCUAGUUCCGUAAGCUUUGAGAGUUUGGAGACUGAAGCCACUGAAUUGAAGGAUAUGCUUUCAUUGUAUGGGCGUCUGUAGGUGAAAAAGGCUGGCCUUGUGAUCCCAAAUUGUUGCUGUAGGGGCCUUUAGUAUUAGAUAGUAAAUAGUUGUCUGAGCUUUCAGAUUGUUUAACUUAAUAAGAUCUCCCAUCAAUAAUCUGGAUGUGGUGAUGUGCGAGUCACAGGAGAAAUUACAAGCUUGUGACCAUUUAUAAACAUUAUUUGAAGUAAUGAAUAAAGUCUUUCAUUUCUUUA